CUGAUGGCAAAAGAGCCAAACGGGACAGGCAAAAAAAGAAAGAAAAAAAAGUAAGAGAAGCAAAACAGAACAUGGUGUACACAGACAGGAGACUACCAAAGUAAAACAGGAAGUAAUGGGAACACACACAAACACACACAGAGACAUGACUGCAGAAAACAGGCAACUAGACAAACAUGAAGACAAUGCAGCAAAUGCUGGGGAGGAAACACGCAGGUGUAACAUAGUUAAAUAGAGUUGAAGUUAAAUCCCGCUAAAUGGGACAUUGGCGCCACCUACUGUCGAAAAAGUGACCCUGCAAUAUUCACAAAGGGCAAGGGAUUCUGGGUAAUCCUCAGAAUAAUGGAGGAUUCCUGCGAGAUUUUGUGCUGAUUGCCCACGACAUUAAAAAGAGAGCAUUCUAACCAUUGCCUUUUUGUUGUGAAUGCAGACCAGAGAAGACACUACACAGAGGUCACAUUGGUGCCGUGACUCGUUCGUGACGCUGCUGAAUCGGGCUGGUGUCCUCUCGUCGCAGCAUCAUCGUGGAGCAUCAGCUUCCUUAUUGUUUAGUCUGUUGGGUAACGGAAUCAAACUUUGGGGACUGUUGGACAUACUUUUAUAUUGGCUUUGUAUAUUGCCAUAUUGUAUUAAGUCCACCUUAGCUCUAUUAAUAUUCUGCUAGAUAUGGAUCUAAGUGACUCUGAUGACACCCCAAAUGUGACUCCCCUUGUUGUGGGUAGGGGCAGAGGGUUCACAACUGUUCCUUUUUCACUGGGUGACUGUCGGGUGGGGCAUAGAGCAGCAGAUAGUUCUUGUGAGCUGGUGGCUGAGUCGCAGUCAGUACAGUGCACUAAGUCAUCUACCUCAGACCCCCCAAUAACUGAUGUGAGUCUAGUCGACCAAAUGAGCGACAUUGUGCAGCAAAUUGGGCAACGCCUGGCUGAUAGCAUUCUGUCACACCUGACUACGCCACACACUUCGAGCCCUGCAUCUGCUACAUAUACAUGUCCUGAGGUGGCGCAUGAAACAACAGAUCUCCCCUCCAGCCACUCACUAGAUCUCUCUCAAGUCCAGCUGGUGGCUCCACGACAGGUUAAAGACCCACCUGUGUUUCGGGGGGAGAGUUCGGACUCAUUGUCUGUUGAUGAGUGGCAGGAAGCCAUGCAGAGUUACAUAAAGAAGAGUGCCAUUCUUCCAGAAAACCAAGCUGAGGAGAUUUUGAUGCAUCUGAGAGGCAGGGCAAAAGAUGUUGUGAAAUUUGGUGUGAGGAAUGGUGGAAUUGAUGUCCAGCAUAAUCCACAAGCUAUCUACAGACUUCUGCACAAACAUUUUAGUUCCACCCAGUGCUCGUCUGUGCCCCUGGCUGACUUUUAUUCCACCCUGCCGAAGGACCGAGAGGAUCCAUAUGAGUACUGGCUGAGGCUGAACAAGGCUGCUGAUGUUGUUGGCAACUGUCUUAAGGAGCAGGGGAAAUCUUUUGAGAACUCUGGUGUGGAGGUUGCACGCAUGUUCAUCAGACACUGCCCCUGCAGAGACUUGGCUCUUAUUUUUAGAACCAAAACAUGUGAUAAAUGGUCAGCUCGUGAAGUUCAGGAGGUACUGGAUGAGUAUCACCUGGGUAAGGGGUUCCAGUCUCCUCCACAGACGGGUAACUGUGUCUAUGUGAAUAAGGCAGAGGUUAGCACAAAUGGUACUCCUUGUUUGGCUGACCAUGAGCAGAGGCCAGCUGUGAGUCAGGAUGGCUCUGCUAUUGAGAGGUUGAUCAGCAUGCUAGAGAAGGUGCUGCUUCAAGGCCCAGGCUAUGCUCGAGCUAAUGCCAGGCGACAGAGUGCCCGACUGCCGAGAAUACCGGGCUUAGAUGACACACCAUGUUCCAUCUGCAGAGAUAGCUCCCACUCCACACUCACGCACUGUCGGGAAAACAGAUUGUGCUUCAUGUGUCACCUACCUGGUCAUUCGAGACGUAACUGCCCAGAGGGCAAGUGUACUCCUUCCAGUGGUCAUCAGGGAAACUGAACGAUCUGCGUGGAGGGGAGGACAGCGCAGAUCCAGCAAGUAAGCCUCCCAUCUUGGAUGUGACUGAUAUUAAUGAUUAUGACACUUUGUAUUCUACUUACAGUGGCAUUGUCCCGCCAAAUAAAACACUGAUUGCACAGGGCUUGCAUAGGCUCUCAAACACUGAUAGUUUAUUCUACUCUGCAGUGACUACUAGUGGUGGACAAGUUCUUAAAGCAUUAGUGGACAGUGGCUCUAUGGCGUGCACCAUAAGUGAGACAGUUGAUGAGAAACUUUCACAAUCGAUACCUGAUAUUGAGAGACGUUCAGCUGAAGAUGUUGUCAUUGUUGGUUGUGGGGGUCACCUCGUUACGCCUUCUGCUAUGUAUGAUCUUACAGUGUCAAUAUAUGGCUUUAAGGUGGUGAUUCCUGUUCUGGUGGUUCCGGGCCAGGCUGAUGACAUGAUUCUGGGCAGCAAUGCGAUAAAGUGGCUUAUUUCACAGUUAAAAAUGACUGUUGGUACCCAGGAUGAUGCUUUCCCUCAUUUGGCAACUUUGCUGUCCUAUUCUGAUGACUGUGGUGGCAGAGCAAUGCCUCCAAGUUUCGGCACUGCAAAGCUUAAGAGACGCAUCACCUUGCAGCCCUUGUCUGAACAUUUAGUGUGGGCUAAGCUGCCUGCUCCUGAUGCCUCAGCGGUGGGAAGUGCUGUCAUUAUUGAACCCACUCAGUCUCGAUCCAAACCUGCACAGAUCCUAGUGGGGCGAGUUGUCACUUCCUUGUUUGGGGAUGGUUGGGUCCCUGUUAAAGUGGUGAAUCCCUCCGACAAGCCCCUCACUCUCAGGAGAAAUGCUAAGGUUGCUGAUGUGUCCCCCUGUCUUUCUGUGCAGGACUUACCUGAACCUGUUCAAAUUCGAUCCAGUACACAAUACACACAGAACUCGUCGCCCGCACCGAGAUCAGAAGCGGAGAUGUCACAGCGCUUGUGUGAUUUGGGCCUGCAGGACCUGGACCUCUCGUCCUGUGAAGUUUCCCCAGAAUGGAGAGAUAGGCUGCUGCGACUCAUUGAGCAGUAUGAGUCCAUCUUUUCAAGGCACAAAAUGGACUGCGGUGAGGCUGCUGACUUUGUCCACAGAAUCCGCCUGGUGGAUGACAAGCCCUUCAGACUGCCAUACAGACGGGUCCCACCAUGCCAUUACGAGAAGCUUCGCACUGCCCUAGAUGAGAUGGAGGAGUCAGGGAUAAUCCGUAAGUCCCAGAGUGAAUUCUCAUCCCCCCUUGUCUUAGUUGUUAAGCCAAAUGGUGACCUGCGCAUAUGCAAUGACUUUAGAUGGUUAAAUGCAAGAACAGUUAAAGAUGCACAUCCAUUGCCUCAUCAGUCAGACGCCCUCGCAGCACUUGGUGGGAAUGUUUUUUUUUCUACAAUGGAUCUCACAUCGGGGUUUUACAAUGUCAGACUCCACGAGGACGACAAAAAAUACACGGCAUUCU